AUGGAGCCAUCUGAUUGUUCGAUAAUAUUAUUAUACCCUUUUAGACCCUUUAUCAUCCAAGAUGAUCAAGAUCAACAAUCAUUAGAAUCAAUAUUUGGCAAAGUCUAUGUUGAACAUGAUGAACAAGAGGCGAUUGAAAGAGCAAAAGAGAUUAGUAAAAAUAAUCAUCCCACACUCUUCUUGAUUGAUUUAGACGCGAUAAUUUAUAAACAAGACGAUGAUGAACUGACUUUACCUUCUACACUCAAUCAUACACCCGUCAAUCUUAUUCAAAGAGUAGUACGCGAUGUAUCGGCAAGUAUACCAGUUAUUGUUUGUUCAAAGCAUCAUCAUACGCACACAAUGAUGGAUUGUAUUCAUGCUGGUGCUGUAGAUUAUUUAAUAAAACCACUGCAUUUGGAUGUCAUAAAAACAUUGUUCCUGAAAAUACACCGAAAUCAACCCGAUUUGAAAAUGCACCAUAGUCCACUCUAUCAGCGUAUAAAAGAAAUGACUUUUUACAAUAUGCCGAAAGUCAUGAUGAACCUUUAUUCAAACCAUCAAUCCAUUAACAAGUACCCUUCUAUUUCAAAGAAACGAUCGUUGGAACUUUUAUCAAAUUUAUGUACUUGGAAUUUUAAUCCAUUUGACUUGACUGAACAAGAUUUGAUUCAUUCCGCUUAUCUUGUCUUUGAUCAACUAUUAUCUUUGCCUGAGUUAUCAAGUCUAAAUCUAAAAGAUCAAUUAUAUGACUUUAUUAUUGAUUUAGCCAGCGUUUAUCAUAACGAUAACCCCUAUCACAACUUUGCUCAUGCUGUCGAUGUACUACAGUGUCUAUUCUAUAUGCUAUCCGAACUUGGUUUACUCCCUUUUACAAACAAAUCAAAAAGUGAUACAGUCAGGCCUCAGGAUUUACUUUCCCUUUAUGAUAUCUUUGCUUUACUCAUUGCUGCUAUUGGCCAUGAUGCAGCUCAUCCUGGCGUAAAUAACAUGUUUUUGAUUAAUACGUCUAAUCCGCUCGCUAUACUAUAUAACGAUCAAUCCGUCCUAGAGAGCUUACAUUCUGUAACAUUGUUUCAAUUAUUGAGUAAGCAUGGUAUCGAUAAACGCGUGAGCCAAGUAUCACCUGCAUGCUAUCGUGAUUUCAGAAAAAUCAUUAUUUCAAGUAUUUUGUCAACAGAUAUGGCAUUGCAUAACGAAUAUGUCGAUAAAAUCAAGGAGCAAGCAAAGAGAUUACACAGCAUUGAUUUAAAUCAGCUGAAUCGUUCCACAGCAGAAAAGGAACGCAUCUUAUUAUGCAGCGCACUUAUAAAAUGUGCCGACAUUAGUAACGUUGCCAGAGCGUUUCAACACAGUCAACAAUGGGCAAAGCUUCUUGUGGACGAAUUCGCAGCCCAAGGAAACUUGGAAAAAGAAUUCGGUAUUGCUGUUUCUCCAGCCAGUGACGAUUCAAUUGCCUUGGAGGAUUCUCAAAUCAACUUCAUUCAAUUUGUCGCUCUUGACCUAUUUAAAAGCCUAUCCAUGGUCACCAAGGAAAUAGCAUUUGCUGUUGAUCAACUCAAUUCUAACCUUAGCCAUUGGGAAUCCAUCAAGCAAAAGAACGAACAAACGGAUCAUGAUGAUGACGAUGAUGAUACAGCUCACAUGAUACCUGAAACAGGCAUUAAACGGUCUCAUAGUGUAGAUGAAAGUUAUACAUCAACAGCAAAAAGGAUAUCUCUUGAAAAGUUUCAUAUAAAUAUGCCUUUGAUUGCCAUGACAACCUAUGGCCGUGUAAAUACUCGUGAUGAAGAGAAUGACCAAGAAGAAAAGGCGACAGGACGUCCUAUGUACUGUCAAUGCUCUAUACAAUAA